AUGACACAUCCACACUUCAUUCGUUGCAUUAUUCCGAACGAAAAGAAGGCCUCAGGUGUUAUCGACGCUAGUCUUGUAUUGAAUCAACUCACAUGCAACGGUGUACUUGAGGGCAUUCGUAUUUGCCGUAAAGGCUUCCCGAACAGAAUGCUUCACGCCGAUUUCCGUCAACGCUAUUCAAUUUUGGCCGCAGAUGAGGCGAAUUCCUCGCCUGAUUCCAAAAAAUGCGCCGCAGCUAUUUUGGCUAAAGUUGUCAAGAGCGGAACGUUGACAGAGGAGAAUUUCCGAGUUGGUGAAACCAAGGUGUUCUUUAAAGCCGGCAUUUUGGCGCAUUUGGAGGAUGUCAGAGAUGAGAUUUUAAGAACGAUCAUGACCAAACUUCAAGCGUUCGUUCGCUGGUAUUUGGGUCUGAUCGAUCGUAAACGUCGUACCGAGCAACGAGCCGGACUGGUCGUGCUGCAGCGCAAUGUACGGCAAUGGUGUACGUUACGUAAAUGGGAAUGGUUCAAACUGUACACGAAAGUGCGACCAAUGUUGCGUGACGGCAAGAUUGCUGAACAAAUAGACAAAUUGAAAGAACGUAUAGCCGAACUCGAAGAAGGUAUUCAGAAAGAGCAGAGUAUGAAGAAUGAAUUGGACCGAACCGCUAAGAAGAACGAAAAAGAGAAGAGCGAUUUGAUGGCGCAGCUAGAAGAGAUUAGCCGAAAGGCCGAUGAGCUCUCGGCGAAAGCCGAUAGUGAGUCGAAGGGNCAUGCUUAUGGAAACAUUUUCGAGCUUGAACAACGUCUCGAGGAAGCCGACGAACGAAAUGGCGAUUUGCUUCGUGCGAAAAAGAAGGCCGAAGGUGAAGUGGAAAGUAUCCGAAAACAGAUUCAAGACGUCGAAAUGAGCGCACGUAAAGCGGAAACCGAACGUCAAUCGAAAGAUCACCAAAUUCGCUCAGUGCAAGAUGAAAUGCAACAGCAAGAGCAAGUGAUCGCUAAACUCAGCAAAGAAUUGAAGCAUCAAGAGGAGAUGAACAAAAAAAUACUGGAGGACCUUAAUUGUGAAGGCGAUAAAAGUAAUCAUGUUGCUAAAAUCAAGAGCAAACUCGAGCAAACUCUCGCCGAGAUGGAGGACAGUUUGGAACGCGAAUGUCGUGCCAAAUCUGACACUGAGAAAGCACGCCGAAAGGUCGAAGGUGAGCUGAAGAUGGGCAACGAGACAAUGGACGAGAUCACAAAGCAGAAACACGACCUGGAGAACAGUUUGAAGCGUAAAGAGGCGGAAAUGGUCAAUCUAAGCGGGCGUUUAGACGAAGAACAAUCGUUGGUGAAUCGUCUGCAAAGACAGAUCAAAGAAGCGCAAAGUCGCUUGAGUGAACUGAGUGAUGAGCGUGAAAUGGAACAUGAAGCAAAAAGUAAGUCGGAUCGCAUAAAAUCUGAGUUGCAACAUGAAUUAGCUGAACUCAGCGAACGUUUGGACGAGCAAGACGGUGCGACGGCCAGUCAGAUCGAGAUGAACAAGAAACGUGAAGCCGAGUUGGCCAGGUUAAGACAUGACAUUGAAGAGGCGAAUCUCAGUCAUGAAACACAACUGCAUGCGUUGAAAAAGAAGCAAACCGAUGCGGUGGCUGAGCUGGGCGAUCAACUCGAGCAAAUCACCAAACAGAAA